AUGGUCCUACGUGAUGAUAAGGGAGCGAUAAUUUUUUCCUCUUGCAGGCAAUUGUUCUCUUGCCGUGAAGCACCGGAAGCUGAGUUAUGUGCCUGUAUGGAAGGUUUGUCGUUUGCCAUCCAGAGAAGUGAGCUACCGGUCAUCGUGGAAAUGAACUCAAUUGUGGCGGUGAAGAUGAUCCAAGCUUCGGAGGUUGACCGAUCCAUUUACUCGUCCAUCAUAAAGGAGAUUAAAUAUUUUAUGUCUCUUCGUGAAGUUUGUAUUACUCAUGUAAAUCGUAACCAGAAUAAGGUUAGUGAUAGCCUAGCUAAUUUUGCUCGUAUUGAGGGUAAAACCAUGACUUGGUUGGGCUCUGGACCUCACAUAUCCAUAGAGUUGGCUGCGAUGGACUGUACAAGUGUAGAGAUUGAGUAA